CCUUCCGCUGCCGUGCGGUGCGGCGUCGGCUCCGCACCCCCUCCCCCCCAUCUUGAAACGAAACGAAACCCCUCCCUCCCUCAAACCCCAGAGGCCCAAAAACCACCGGGAGAUUCCGCGAGAUCUGAGCGCCAUGGUGGCCGCCGGGGCAGCAGCGGCCGCGCCCCGGCUCAACCCGUCGCCGUCCCCGCACCGCCGCCGCGCGUCCUCCGCGCUCUCCCCGGCCAAGUCCAACGCCAACGCCGGCGACGCGCGGCCCAAGCCCAAGGCCAAGGCCGUCUCGUCCCGCUACCUCCUCGCGCCCUCCUCUAGGUCCACAUCCACCUCCACCUCGACCUCGACCUCCACCACCACCACCACCACCUCCUCGAGCUCCAACUCCACCUCGACCUCGGCCUCCACGCCCUCCCGCCGCUUCGCGUCGCCGCUGCCGAGGCGCUCGGUCUCCGUCGACCGCCCGCGCCCGGGACCCGCGGCCAAUGCUGCCGUCGGGGAGGCCGGGGGGCCCAAUGCGGGCGUGGCUUCGGCGGCGGGGGCCAUCACGCCGGAGAGGAGGCGGCCUGCUAUGGGGACAGUGCCGGAGAGGGGGAAGGGGUUUGAGGCGGGGCAUAGCCACCACAGAUGGCCAAUGUCGGCGAGGUUCUCGCAGGGGUUUGAGGGAAAUCCGCUUACCAAAAGCUUGGAUUGCUCUUUGCGCAAGAGGGACGCGGCUGUCCUUGCUGCUGUCCGGUCGUUGCGGCAGUCCAUGGUGUUUGAGGAGGGGGUUCGGCGUUCCUCGUUCGAUGGUGGGGACUACCUGAUGUCGUCUGACACAGAGAGUGUGUCGUCUGGGAGCAAUUCAGGGUCUCAGGAUGCAAGCAUUGGCAUUUCCCAUAGAGCACGCCCGUCGCCUAAGGGGAUGGGUGUGCCAGCACGGUUCUUGCAGGAUGCUGCCGCCAGCAGGUCGCAACGAUUUGCAGAUCCAGGCACGCCAUACCUGCCGUAUACCUCUGGGUUGGCUGCAUCUCCCAGGACAGCGCCUGUCAAGAAAUCACUGUUAAAUGGCUUUGUUUCAUCCCCUCUGAACAGACCAAUCAGGCAAUCUUCACCAAGUAAGCUUACAGGUAAUCCAUCGAGGAGGAUGUCAAGCCCAUCACGGGCGAGAAACUCUGUGGGGUCAGGCACUUCAUCAUGGGAUCAUCAGGGAAGAAGUUCAUCUGGUUAUGGUUUGGAUGGUGAAGUAAGGAGGAGGUGGCAUGGGGGUAGCAAAGUUGACUGUGAGCACCUAUUGAGAAUUUUGUCCAAUCGACAUUUGCAGUGGCGGUGUGUGAACGCACAGGCUGAUGCUGCACUUGCUGCACAGAAACUUACUGCAGAGAAAUACUUAUCCGAUGCAUGGAUUACUACCCUAGGGAUGCGUAAAUCUGUUGCUCUUAAGAGGUUCCAGCUACAGUUAUACCGAAACAAUUGGAAACUCAUGACAGUUCUAAAGGGACAGAUGGCAUAUCUUGAGGAAUGGUCUAUACUAGAGAGGGACUAUGCAGAUUCUUUAUCUGGAAUUGUGGAUGCUCUUACUGCCAGCAUUUUGUGCCUCCCUGUUACUGAUGGAGCAAAGGCUGAUAUCCAAGAUGUGAAAAAUGCCGUUGGCUCUGCUGUUGAUAUCAUGCAAACAAUAGGAAGUUCAAUAUGUACUUUAUUGGAUAAGCUGGCUGGAACAAGUAUUUUGGUCUCUGACCUUUCCAAAGUUGCUAUCCAUGAGCGCACUCUAAUGGAGCAGUCCAGAGAAUUGCUGUCCACACUUGCAACAAUGCAUGUCAAAUACUGUAGCCUACAAGGGCAGAGAGUACAGACAACUGACAAGAGGUCCAUGCAUUCUUAGCAAUGUCACUAUAACCCCACUAACGGAAGAAUGUAGGUGCAAUUGCAAAAUUCUGGUGGUGGCUUGGAUGGUGCCCACUAAGCAAUCUGACUCUGAAGAUGCUAUCUAGUCUAGUUCCAGCGGUCUAUAUAUGGUCCUCUAGUUCUGAGUGCUGAGUUGAUGUAUGCUAGAAAGAGCAGAAGUGCAGAACAGAUGGAAUGCAAUGUAUAUAGAUGUAUCUCAUUUUGUUGGUUUUAGCUGAGGAUUAGGUCAGAUGCUAACUAGCUAGAUUGGGCUCGUUUUGUUCAUCAGAUGACUAAUGACCACCAGGGCAAUGCAAUAUAACUUCUAGCAGUACACUAGCUUGUUCGCCUUCGAAAGAAACAGAUGUUGACUUUGGAGUAUCAUGGCUUCUUGUU